ACGAAGUGUGGCUACCUACCACAAGUUUCGACUAUGCUUGGCUCAGUUGGCAGCAGAACGCACAGAGAGAAACAGCAAUUACCAUGGCCGACAUAUCUAAAGACGAGCUACGCAAAGAAAUCACCGCCAUUUUAAAAGAUGCUGACUUGGAGACGACGUCUGCCAAGAAAAUUAGACAACAAAUUGAAGAGAAAUUAGAUAUCGAUUUAACUGAAAGAAAAAAGGAAAUUGAUGAUCUUGUAAUGGAACAUCUUCAAGACAAACAGGAUGGCGGUAAAAAAAAGAAGAAGGAUUCAAAAAAUGAUGUGAAAAGUGAAGAAUCUGAAGAUGGAGAAGAAGAUGAGGAUGAAGCAUCUGAAGAAGAAGAGGAAGAAGAAGAAGAGGAAAAGAAACCGGCUAAACGAGGUCCUCCAAAGAAAAGUGCUACAAAACGUAGUAAGGGAUCAUCAGAUGAUGAUGAAAGUGGAUCUGAUGAUGAUGCUAGCGAUGAAGAAUACAACCCCAAAAAAGUAGCUAAAACAUCGCCGAAAAAAGGAAAGCCAGGAAAAAAGAUGAAAAAGAAGGGAAGUGACAGUGACAGCGAUGCAGAUUGGGAACAAACCAAAAAAAGUACAGGAGGUGCAAAAAAAGGUGGUGGCAAAGGUAAAGGAGGAUACACGAGGGCAAUAACUCUUUCUCCAGAGCUUGCAACACUUGUUGAUGCUGAAAAAAUGGCCCGUCAUGAAGUUGUUAAAAAAGUGUGGCAUAUUAUCAAAGAAAGGAAUCUUUAUGAUCCAAAAAAUAAGCAAUUUGCAAUCUGCGAUGAUGAACUUCUCAAAGUUUUUGGAGUAAAACGCUUCAGGACUUUUGGUAUGAUGAAAUACCUCAAAAAUCAUUUUUUAGAUUAAGACGAAAAUUUAUUAACCAUGGAACAACAACUAAAGGAGAAAUCGAAAUGGAAGAAAAACAGUUGGAAAAUCUUUCAUUCAUUUUACAACAAAGUUCUCUACAACAGAUCCGUAAACUCCGACAAUUUAUUAUUGACAACUCGAUUAAAUUAAUUUUAUCAAUCUGAUUAGGGUUCUAGACUCUAAAAAAUUAUUCUAUAUAAUACCACAAUAAAUUAAGUAAAGAUAUCGGUAAUCAUAAUGACAUUCAAAUCAAUAAAUAUACCGAAAAGCCCAUUUUGUUAAAAAAAAAUUAUUCAUAAAAUUACAUUGUUUAGUUGUGGGCAUUAAUCAAUUAUCAAAUCAUGUGUUAAUUUGCUUUAUUAUAAUAUUACUUCAGUGACUGUACGAAUCUAUAAAUCUCUUCUCUUUUACUUUUCUUAUAAGUUUGAUUUUAAUUAAAAGUUGACUAGAAAAUAAUGAUAAAAAAAUAUUACUCUCUUCGGAUUUCCAUUUUGUAUGUUGGGCUUCAUGAGACAGACGAGUGAUAAUGUGAGAAUGUUUUGAGGAAGACUCUGUGCGUGUAAGAAUAAAAAAAUUAAUAAUUAUAAUAAUAAUGAAUUGUGAGGAAGUAAGUACGAAUGAAGAAUAAAUAAAAAAAAAAGGUAAUAAAAUUUAAAUACACACAUUUAUAAACAGGAGAUAUCUUUUAAUCAUAUGUACCUUUUCUGUAUAAAUAGUAAAGUUAAACUCAAAAAAAAAAAA